CAGAAAUCACGUUCUGGCGGGAUGAGAUCUGGUGUAAACAGAAGUGACGACCCAUUAAACUCGGGGAUGAAACAGACGAAUGCGGCGUAAUUUUCCGAAUAAACAACCACUUAAAUGUUACAGCCGUUGAAAACUCGUGUAGAGUUGUUCUCAGAGUUUUAAUAAGCUUUUUUUUUAGUGCCGGUAACGUUAAUGACGUUGUUUAGCACGCAGUACGUUCAAAAACCGACAACGAGGUUUCAGUUUAACCGUUAGAGUCUGGACGUUGGUGCUGCUGCGUUUAUUUGAUAAGAAGCUUUUUUCAGACAAGGCACCUUCACACUGUUUAGUGAUGGACUCAUCUGGCAGUGACGGGAGCCUCAAUCACAAGCUGGAGGCUGUGGCUCUGAAUGAUGGUCCUGCUCCUGACAACUCCACUGGACAGAAGGAAACAUCGCCUGUGGACAUGCUGAGAAUAAGACAGCAGAUGUCCAACCAGUGCUUUGAGAUGGCAGUACAGCUCCAUGCAGAUAAAAGUAAAAGAUCGUGUAGCACAUCUGAAGCAGACAGAGACUUACCAGAUUAUGUCAGUGAACUUGAAAUGGUCAAAACACUUCAUUUUAACAACACAUUGUCACUGCACAGGAUGCAGAUGUGGCACGCUAUGGGGGAAAAGCUGAAACAGAGUGAUCCAGAGGCAGCUGCCCUGAAAGUCGUGAGUGAUCGCUGCAUGGCGCUUUGUUCACGAAUACAACAUCUUCAGCAAGAGUCAAGAAAUCUUCAAGAUGAAAUUACAGAAUUGCAGAAGACGAGACUUGGUAAUCUGUACAGAAAAAAAUUCAUAGCGAUGGGAUUAUUCUUUGACAUGAAACGGCUCACGCGUGAGAAAAUGAGACAGAUUGAGGAGCUGAUGUUAAAAAAGGACCAUCCAGAUACAGAAAAGUACAAAGCUGUUUUGGAGAAAGGCCAAGCGAACCUGGAGAAAUACAAAAAGAUGGCUGUCAUGACACAGAACGUUCUCAGGGGAAUCCUCAUGGCCUGUAAAGUCAACUGGCUGGAUGAUCCCACACUUCGAGACAUCGCCAUGACCCUCGAGGAGUUUUCGAUCUCAGACUAGAGCAGGAAUUUAGUUGUCUCAUUUAUGUUUCUGUAUAGCAAUGUCUAAUAAACAAACUUUUCAAAGCAG